AUGUAUCGAGUUGGAGACUUUGUCUAUUUCGAAAUUUCAAGUGCAGCUCCUUAUCAAGUGCGAAAAAUUGAAGAACUGAAUAAGACACCAUCAGGAAAUGUGGAAGCGAAGGUAUCGUGCUUUUGUCGACGACGUGACUUGCCUACAUCGUUGCUUAAAGUAGCUGAUCGAGCAGAAAGAAUUGAUAAAGUGAUAAAUACACGACGACGUCUUGUUAUUACGCCAUCUGCUCCUGCUGGAGAUGCAAGUGAUGAAUCGUCUGAUGGUAUGAAAAAAGAUGAUGAAAGUUUACCUGAAAAUGAUCAGCGAAGCAAUCAGGAAGCUAAGGAUGACACUCCAGUAACUGACACUCGUGAGGAAAGCGAUUCACCGAAGCUUAUGUGCGUAGAUACUGGUAAUGAUGAAGAAAUGGAACCAGAGAGUAAAGAUGUCAAAGAAGACGAUGAAAAAGACAAAGAUGGUGAAAAGUCAAAGGAGGGUGGCUAUGGUUUUGCGGGUCUUCCAAAAGGAGCCGAAAAUUUGACACCGAAGGAAAGACAUGUAUUAAGACAACACGAGCUUUAUCUUACCCGGCAAAUUGAAGCACUUCCAGCAACGCAUAUUCGAGGCAAAUGCAACGUAACAUUAUUGAGUGAAGUUGAAACUCCGGAUAUGUACUUAGAUCGUGAUGAUGCUUUCUUUUAUUCGCUGGUAUUUGAUCCAACCGCAAUGACAUUAUUGGCCGAUAAAGGUGAAAUAAGAGUUGGUGAAAAGUAUCAGUGCGAUGUGCCUGAUGAUAUGGCGCCAGAUGCUGUGGAUGAAAACAAAGAGAAUGGAAAUUUGGUGAUUGCUGAAGAUGAAGAUGAUGAAGAAACAGUUGUAACAACUUCGAAGCGCGAGUUUCUCGUCUAUCAUCCGCAUCAUAAUUUAACGGAUCGCGAUAUAGAUCAAUUUUUAAUUGUUGCAAGGGCGGUUGGAACAUUUUCACGUGCAUUGGAUACGUCAUCUUCGAUGAAACUACCUUCGUUACAUAUGACCGCAGCAGCUGCAAGUCGUGAUGUUACCCUUUUCCAUGCUAUGGCUCUUUUACAUCAAGCAAAUUAUGAUAUGGGACAGGCAGUGAAGUACCUGGUACCUCCUCCUAGCAAACAACAUUAUCCACUGGAUGCAGAUAAGACAACAUCGCACAAUACGGUUAGCUUAGGCGGACCGAUAUUAUGUCGUGAUCAAAUGGAAGAAUGGUCAGCAGCAGAAGCAAAUCUUUUUGAAGAAGCAGUGGAAAAGUAUGGGAAAGAUUUCAGUGAUAUACGUGCCGAUUAUUUACCAUGGAAAUCAAUGCGGGAUAUUGUUGAAUAUUACUAUAUGUGGAAGACUACAAAUCGUUAUGUUGAAGUUAAAAAGAACAAAGCAGUGGAACAAGAAAGCAAGUUAAAACAAGUAUACAUACCGAACUACAACAAACCAAAUCCAAAUUUGGUUGGACCACCGAAUCCUAGCGGGCAACCGAUGAAAGGUACAUCAGCAUGUGAAAGUUGUCAAAUAGACGAAUCAACACAGUGGUACGCAUGGGGCCCGGCGCAUCUGCAACUUCGUUUAUGUAGCAUUUGUUGGUCCCAGUGGAAGAAAUACGGUGGGCUGAAACGCGUUCAUGAAUAUGAAUCUUACGAUCUUGAUGGCACAACAACACAGGAAUCGACAUCACAGCUUCAAACGCAGCCACAAAGACUAACAUCCGCGGUUGUUCCAACUAGUUUUAUCAAUCGAAAUUCUGGGACAGCUGGUUCUACUACGGCAAGGAAUGGAAUUAAUGGUCGCUCCGGUAGUAGCCAAAUGUUGGGGCGUCUGCCAUCUGGUCAUUCACAAGCACAGCAAAAAUUAUCGGGAGGAGGACAUUCGUCAUCAGUGAAAACUCGAGUUGCAUUUUAUCUUAACACAACAUUAUCGAUGCGAAUUGCUCGACGAUUGGCUCCAAAAUCGUUAUUCAAUAUCCGACGUUCCGCGCGACGUCCUUUCUUACCUAUAAAUGGACAUGCCAUCAAGCAAUUCUGCACAACUCGACAACCAUAUGAAAUAAUCCGCGCAGCAAAGCAAAUUAAGGCUAACAAACUUCCUGACGCGCUUGUUGCUCAAAUAGCCUCAUCGAUUAUCGCCUCCAGUGCACAAUUCACUCAGAUAGGAAUAGCAGCAUCAAACAUUCAAAAACGACAUGGAAGUGAAAAAGGAGGACCAUCGAUAAAAAGACAGCAUUUGCAACAAACGGUAGCGCAAACGCAGCAGCAAAAUGCCAUUCAUCUGGUAACUACUGGAUCAGUUGGUACUACUCAUACUCAUUAUCAUCAUCCCACAGUGGUAUCAAUUACAACACCUGGAGUAACACCACCACCAUCACUAUCAACAGCAGCACCAUCACCACUACCACCUCCACCACCACCACCAACACUGCCACCACCACCAACACUGCCACCACCACCACCACCACCUCCACCACCGCCACCACCGCCAUCACUACCGUCACUUCCGCCAUCGCAAUUAGCAUCACAACCAUUGCAAGCACAAAUAACUGCAGUUCAUUCCGGUGCACACUUUACUAGCACGAUUGUUACUAAACCAUCAAUAAAUCCAAGUAAAAUUGUUUGCACCACUGUUCGUAAUCAACAGUCACACUUAGGUCAUGUCACGGGUGCAGUAACUGCAAUGCAUAACUUUGCACAUGAAAAAAGUAAGCCGGUAGCUGCAGUAACACCGUUACCACUCCCCACUUCUGUUCUUGUACCGCCAACUAUUGCUGCUGUUAAUCCGGCUCUUUUUGCUGCGACAAUACAACAGCAACAACAACAAGUACCACAGCUGCAGGCAGUGGCAACAGUUGCACGAACGGCAACAACCACUUCGGCACCACAGUCUCAAGUUCCGCAACCAGCACUUCUGAUGGGCAUCGAUACGAUAGCACACGAUAAAAAAACUGCCACAUCGACCGGUUCCGUAUUGACAGCCGUGGGUACUUCCAGAAAGAAAAGCUUUCAACCGGAUAGUCGAUGGAGUGGUUUGGAUGAGAAGCUUUUAUUCCUCGCUGGACCGCGACUAAAGAUAUUGCGUAGACGAAUCUGUCCGAAGAAAAUUGGCCGCCGUAUCGCGUUGCAUCCUUGUCGAAGUAGUGAUUUUGUUACUAAACAUUGGCCUAAUUUACAGGGUUUUUUCAUUUGA